AAUUCGCACAUCCUCUUCGACAAUCGACACGCAUGGUGUCUGCGCUGCCCAGAACGCAGUCUCGAGAACUCGGCGAAGUAUCUCCCAAAGAUGCAUCCACGGUGACCAUUCCUCCUGCCGCAAUGGCAGGCCAACCACAAGAGAGCGUCCGCCGCCCUUGGACACAUUUCGUUGCCGGUGGAGUUGGAGGAAUGACAGCGGCGACCCUCACAUGUCCUCUUGAUGUGUUAAAAACGCGUCUACAGAGUGAUUUUUAUCAGGAGGUCCUCGCGAAUGCUCGCGCCGCAAAAGGGAUCCCACCGCCUCAUGAACUUUCCUUCGCUCGGGCCGCAUUGCUACACAUACGAGAGACUGGUCAGAUCCUCGCUCAAAUACCCAAGGUCGAAGGAUGGAGAGCACUGUUCAAAGGGCUGGGUCCUAACCUUAUUGGCGUGGUUCCAGCUCGAGCAAUAAAUUUUUGGGCAUAUGGAAAUGGAAAGAGACUGUACUCGGACAUGUUCUUCGACGGCAAGGAGACGCCCAUGGUACAUCUAUUCAGCGCGGCAACAGCGGGCAUGAUCACAGGCACGGCGACAAAUCCCAUCUGGCUGGUGAAAACCCGAUUACAACUCGACAAGCAGCGAGCGGGAUCAGAAGGCGGAGGAAGGCAAUACCGCAAUGCAUGGGACUGCGUGGCCAAGACAGUUCGGCACGAGGGCAUUCGAGGUCUAUAUCGAGGCUUGACGGCGAGCUACCUGGGAGUCAGCGAGAGCACAUUACAAUGGGUCAUGUACGAGCAGGCAAAGGCAUCAUUAGCACGCCGGCAGGAACGACUGGACGCAUCAGGAUUUGCGCCGAACGCAUGGGACAAGACAGUCAUGUGGACGGGCAAGCUGUUUGCGGCGGGCGGAGCCAAGUUCGUUGCGGCAUUGAUCACAUAUCCGCAUGAGGUUUAUAGAGGGCUGUGGAGCUGCUUCACGACCGUGUUCAAGGAGGAAGGCUUUGCGGCGUUGUAUGGUGGUUUGAUCCCGCAUAUGCUGCGGGUAGUUCCCAGUGCAUCGAUCAUGUUCGGCGUGUAUGAAGGUGUGCUCUGGGCAUUUGGUGAAAGUGCAGGCGUAUGA